GACAGCCUGACUCACCGUGAGCUGCGAGCACGGGUGUGUUAGGGAGCAGCGCUCGCUGCCGCUCGCCGCACAGAGUCCACGAUGAACGUCCAGGAGCAGGGCUUCCCCCUGGACCUCGCAGCAAGCUUCACCGAAGAUGCCCCCCGGCCCCCGGUGCCUGGGGAGGAGGGAGAACUGGUGUCCACAGAGCCGAGGCCCGCCAGCCACAGCUUCUGCUCCGGCAAAGCUGCUGGGAUUAAAGGGGAGACGUCGACAGCUACUCCAAGGCGCUCGGAUCUGGACCUGGGGUACGAGCCCGAGGGCAGUGCGUCCCCCACGCCGCCGUACUUGAAGUGGGCCGAGUCCCUGCACUCCCUGCUGGACGACCAGGACGGGAUCAGCCUGUUCAGGACUUUCCUCAAGCAGGAGGGCUGUGCUGACCUUCUGGACUUCUGGUUCGCCUGCAGCGGCUUCAGGAAGCUGGAGCCCUGCGACGGGAACGAGGAGAAGCGGCUGAAGCUGGCUAGGGCCAUCUACCGGAAGUACAUCCUCGACAGCACUGGCAUUGUGUCCAGGCACACCAAGCCGGCCACCAAGAGCUUCAUCAAGGACUGCGUCGUGAAGCAGCAGGUCGACCCCGCCAUGUUCGACCAGGCCCAGACGGAGGUCCAGGCCACCAUGGAGGAGAACACCUACCCUUCCUUCCUCAAGUCCGACAUCUACUUGGAGUACACGAGGACAGGCUCGGAGAGCCCGAAGGUCUGUAGUGACCAGAGCUCUGGGUCAGGCUCAGGGAAGGGCCUGUCUGGAUACCUGCCCACUCUGAAUGAAGACGAGGAGUGGAAGUGUGAGCAGGACACGGACGAGGAGGAGGCGCGGGACGCGGCGCCGCCCAGCAGGCUCACCCAGAAGCUGCUCAUGGAGACGGCUGCCCCGAGGGCCUCCUCAGGGAGACGGUACAGCGAAGGCAGAGAGUUCAGAUACGGGUCCUGGCGGGAGCCUGUCAACCCCUACUAUGUCAACUCUGGCUACGCCCUGGCCCCAGCCACCAGUGCCAAUGACAGCGAGCAGCAGAGCCUGUCCAGCGAUGCCGACACCCUGUCCCUCACAGACAGCAGCGUGGAUGGAAUCCCGCCGUACAGGAUACGUAAGCAGCACCGCAGAGAGGUGCAGGAGAGCGUCCAGGUCAACGGGCGGGUGCCCCUACCUCACAUCCCCCGCACCUACCGAAUGCCAAAGGAGAUCCGUGUGGAGCCGCGGAAGUUUGCCGAAGAGCUCAUCCACCGGCUGGAGGCCGUGCAGCGCACCCGGGAGGCCGAGGAGAAGCUGGAGGAGCGGCUCAAGCGCGUCCGCAUGGAGGAAGAAGGAGAGGAUGGUGACCUUCCCUCUGGGCCCCCAGGGGUGAGCCACAAAUUGCCUCCUGCCCCAGCCUGGCACCACUUCCCGGCCCGCUGUGUGGACCUGGGCUGCGCCGGGCUGCGGGACGCACACGAGGAGAACCCGGAGAGCAUCCUGGACGAGCACGUGCAGAGGGUCAUGCGGACCCCUGGCUGCCAGUCUCCCGGCCCUGGCCACCGCUCCCCUGACAGCGGGCACAUGGCCAAGGUGUCGGCCACGCUGGGUGGCGUGGCCUCGGGGCACGGGAAGCACAUGCCCAAGGCAGGGGCGAAGUUGGAUGUGGCCGGCCUGCAUCACCACAGGCACGUCCACCACCACGUCCACCACAGUACAGCCAGGCCCAAGGAGCAGGUGGAGGCCGAAGCUGCCCGCAGGGUCCAGAGCAGCUUUGCAUGGGGGCCAGAACCACACAGCCACACAGCCAAGACCCGCAGCCACUCAGAGAGCGUGGGUGCCGCCCCCAAUGCCAGCGACAGCCUGGCCUACAGUGGGAAAGCAGGCAUGCCCUCCAGAAGAAGCGCCAAGAAGGCCGAGUCCGGGAAGAACGUGGCUGUGGAGGUGCCGGGCGCCUCGGAGGACACGGAGCGCAACCAGAAGAUCAUGCAGUGGCUCAUCGAGGGCGAGAAGGAGAUCAGCAGGCACCGGAAGACUGGCCACGGGUCUUCUGGGGUGCGGAAGCAGCAGGCCCACGAGAGCUCCCGGCCCUUGUCCAUUGAACGCCCUGGGGCCGUGCACCCCUGGGUCAGUGCUCAGCUCCGGAACUCCGUCCAGCCCUCUCAUCUCUUCAUUCAAGACCCCACCAUGCCACCCAACCCCGCCCCCAACCCCCUGACCCAGCUGGAGGAGGCCCGCAGGCGUCUGGAGGAGGAGGAGAAGAGAGCCAGCAAGCUGCCCUCCAAGCAGAGGUAUGUGCAGGAGGUCAUGCAGCGGGGUCGCAGCUGCGUCAGGCCCGCGUGUGCGCCUGUGCUGAGCGUGGUGCCGGCCGUGUCGGACAUGGAGCUCUCCGAGACAGAGACGAAGUCACAGCGGAAGGGGGCCGGCGGGGGCAGCCAGCCGUGCGACAGCAUCGUGGUGGCGUACUACUUCUGCGGGGAGCCCAUCCCCUACCGGACCCUGGUCAGGGGCCGUGCUGUCACCCUGGGCCAGUUCAAGGAGCUGCUGACCAAGAAGGGCAGCUACAGAUACUACUUCAAGAAGGUGAGUGACGAGUUCGACUGUGGAGUGGUGUUCGAGGAGGUUCGAGAAGAUGAGGCCGUCCUGCCCGUCUUUGAGGAGAAGAUCAUCGGCAAGGUGGAGAAGGUCGACUGACAGCCCCGCGGGCAGGAUGGCCGCACCAGCACUGGGGUUGGGCCAGGCGUGCCGCCUGCCCCUGGGGCCCUCGGAGUGGCCCCAGGAGGGACCCAUCCACUUCCCAAUAGCAAUACUCGGAGAGUCUGGCCGGCGCACUGGCCCGGCACGGUGUCCCCGCUCCGGCUGGCCCCUGUCCCGGUGGGGCCCGGCCUAGGAGUCCCUGCGUGUCUCUGGAUUGUACAUGCCACCCAGUGCCUUCAGCCAGCCGUCCUCACCUGCCACUGUGAGAGCGGCGCCGGAGCCGGCCCUGCAGCCCCUGGCCACGUGUAAAUAUGUACAGUUCCCAGGCCCGUUUUUCAUGCGCUGACUUGUACAAUUGUCUUUUCAAAGGUACUUGGAUAAUAAUGAAAUAAAAGUUUUUGA